AAAUACGGGAUCUAGGACGCACUUCGAGGGAUUAUACCGGCGCAGACCGAGAGCAGCCAGUGUUACAAGGAGAAAUAGCCUAAAUGGGAGAGAGCCCUCCACCUUUCUCACGGAAGGUAUUUCUGGAAGUAGAUUCGGAUAAAAACACUUUCCAUCGGCAGAUCGACCUCAUCUAUGAAAAGCAACUGACUGUGUGUCUUUGGCUUGUCGCCUGAUCGCAAUAAGACAACCAUCCGUCCGGUUCGGCUACUACUUGAAGUUGAAGGCAACUUUGGUUCUGUGGACUUAAUUAAACGGCUCUUUCAUUUUAUUUUAUACCUCAACAAGGAAUGCCAAGGGAGCUUAGACAGAGCAGGAUCCAAAAAAUCUGGAUUCCGUCUAAGGAUGACAAACCAGCGGUGGCACGGAGAUCCGGGGGUGUGCUCCACCUGGCCAACCCCCCCACUGUGAUUGUGAUGGUGGGCCUGCCCGCCCGAGGGAAGACCUACAUGUCGAAGAAACUGACCCGCUACCUCAACUGGACCGGACUUCCUACCAAAGUCUUCAACGUAGGGGAGUACCGGCGAGAGGCAGUCAAGCACUACAGCUUCGACUUCUUCAAACCGGACAACCGGGACGCCGUGAGGAUCCGACAGGAAUGUGCCUUGGCGGCGCUGAGAGACGUCAAGUCUUAUUUGACAGAGGAGGGCGGGCAGAUCGCCGUCUUCGAUGCCACCAACACCACAAGGGAGCGAAGAGACAUGAUCCUGAAUUUCGGCAAUGAGAAUGGAUUCACGAUCUUUUUCAUUGAGUCUGUGUGCAACGAUCCGGAAGUCAUCGCCACGAACAUAAUGGAAGUGAAGGUGUCCUGCCCGGACUACCAGGACUGCAACAAAGCGGAAGCCAUGGAGGACUUUCAGAAGCGGAUCACAUGUUACCAGGUUUCAUACGAGCCUCUGGACCCCGAUCAGUAUGACAGGAACAUGUCCUUCAUCAAGGUGAUCGACGUGGGCCGGAGGUUCCUGGUGAACCGGAUCCAGGACCACAUCCAGAGCAAGAUCGUGUACUACCUGAUGAACAUCCACGUGCAGCCGCGCACCAUCUACCUGUGUCGCCAUGGCGAGAGCGAGCACAACCUGCGCGGGAAGCUGGGCGGCGACUCGGGCCUGUCCUCCCAGGGCAGAAAGUUCGCCUGGGCUCUCGCCGCGUUCAUGGAGGAGCAGAACCUGAAGGACCUGAGGGUCUGGACCAGCCAGCUGUGCCGGAGCAUCCAGACGGCCGAGGCCCUGCGGCUGCCCUACGAGCAGUGGAAGGCCCUCAACGAGAUCGACGCCGGCGUGUGUGAGGAGAUGACGUACGACGAGGUCAAGGAGAGGUACCCGGACGAGUUCGCCCUGAGGGACCAGGACAAGUUCCACUACCGCUACCCCACCGGCGAGUCAUACCAGGACCUGGUCCAGCGGGUCGAGCCGGUGAUCAUGGAGCUGGAGAGGCAGGAGAAUGUUCUGGUCAUCUGUCACCAGGCCGUCAUGCGCUGCCUGCUGGCCUACUUCCUGGACAAGAGUGCAGAUGAGAUGCCCUACCUGAAGUGCCCGCUUCACACUGUGCUGAAGCUCACUCCAGUUGCUUACGGGUGCAAAGUGGAGUCGGUCUCGUUGAACAUCGACGCGGUGAACACACACAGGGACAGACCUGAGCAGAUGCUGAGAGGCCCUGGGGGGCUGAUCAGGAGGAACAGCAUCACGCCCCUGUCUACCCAUGAGCCCAUCAAGAAGCCCCGCAUCGAUGGCCUGGACGACCGUCCCAUCCCAGGGGCUCCCCCCGCCCCCCCAUCCCACUGCGGCACCUCACCCCUCCCUGUGGCCCUGUCCAGACAGAUCUGGUUGCGCAAAGCUUGCCUACACACAGUCUUCUACUACCUCAAAGUCAUCUCUAUGCUUUUAUUCCAGAGAACCUGAAGAGGGGUCCCCCUGACCUCCCAGAGCUUCUGCCGGUCUGCAAACGAGUCAAAGCCAAUGCGUCACCUGACCUUCAGCCCAGGAAGUGAUGUCACAAAGGGGACGUUGAUUAUUAUUUUAAUUUUAAUUUUUCAAAAAUUUAAUUAAUUUAUUUUUUUCCCCCUAUUUGACUGGCUUGGAUUUCUGUAAAAUAAGGAUGUUGGUGCGGACAGAGAGCAGUGCUGUGGUCGGUGCAGAAUAACCUUUGUUUUUCACAAUGGUGCAAACACAUGUCCACUGUUAUCUGUAAGUGCUUAUAGUACAGACCUUCUUCUACUGUAAAUACCAGGCGAAAUUUGCUUCUGUUUUAAGUGACGUUGCCGGAAGGAGUGCUUGUCUCAAAAGAAGCAAAUGAGUCAUAAAAGAAACUUCAAAUAUUUUGUUCCCUUUUUUAAGAAACGAUGUUGUAUCUCUACUGAAUAAAAAAAGCACUGCAGCCUAAAAGGAAA